UGUUUAUCGAAUCACGUGAUUCAUUUCACUAUCAAAUAAUUUCUAGAAAAAACUACCAACAACAGACAAACCGAUUUGAGUCCAAUUGAUUCACAAUCGACGCAAUUUCACCCGACAAAAAGUCACCUCUAACUCAUCUCAAGGUGAAAAAAGACAGUUGAUUUGACAAGUGACAGUGACAGACGUCAAAAAAACACUUAAAAAGUGAAAAACACAACGAAAUUAGGGCAUUAGUGACGUCUUAAUCGAACAAAUAAUUAAUUAAUUGCCAAAUUUUCGUACAAUUCUUUAAAACACCGUGCAUUUGAUUGGUGUAAAAUAUUGCGACAAAAACGCAUCGUCCUCUAGCAUAAUGCCCCUGAUUGAUGGUAUCGGCGAUGAAGUGACGCAUUUUUUUAUCGCACUGUUGGUAAUGUUAGUCGUGUCUUUAGCCUGGUGGACGACAAGCAUUUCGGAGCAAAGACACGUCCAGACCGUGUGGCUGCUGGACCGCCGCCGGCACAGGCCGCCACGCAGGCUCACCAACCACACGCAUGCCGUCACAAUAGCCGAAGGCACAACCAGUCCAGCGGAGCCCCCCAAGCCCCCCGAGCCAGGCUCGAGCUCCGAGGACGACCGCAGCCGCAUUGUGGAGGCCAUGGACGAGGGGGCCCCCGAAAGGGGCCCCGCGGGGCCCACCCCCAAAACCGACAUCACAAUCAAGCUUAAAUACAUCAACGACGACCUCAAAUUGGUCGACGGCAAGUUGCAGGAACUAUUAGGCGAUUUUAAAAAGCGCCACUUUCACGUGGAGUUGGCCUCCAAUAAGCUCGUGCGCCUCAUCUUCAACGGCCAGGUGCUCCAACAGGACACCAAAACGCUAGAAGGUUGCGGACUUUUUGACAACUGUGUCGUCCACUGUCUCAUCCACCAGCGAAGACCAGCCCCCGGGGAAGAGUCGCAAGAAUCCCGCAGCGAACAAUCCCACAAUCCCCGCCCAAAUCUUAAUAAUAACAAUAAUCAAGGGCGGGAUUGGGAUCUAGGGAAUUUUCUUUUUGCCAUUAUUAGUUUUACACUACUGUCAGCCUGGUAUUUCAGGUACGUUUAUGCUCAUUUGUAUACGGUUACGGCCACAGUGGGGCUCAUUUUAAUGACGGGUGUUUUCACAAUUGUACUUUUCGGGUUUUAUUUCCCCGACCAUGAGCACAUACCGCAACGGGGCGGCGAGACGGCUCAUUAAUUGUUUGUAAUUAAUUAAUUUAUAUGAAUGUUCGAAUAAAUUUUAUUAAAUCAUGUUUUGUA